AAUUCUAGUGAUUUAUUAUGUAGGAACUCGAACUGAACACUAACCAAGAUGAGCUACGGACGAUAGCUACAUAUUAUUUCGAUGGACAAGGAAAAGCCCUUAGGCCUAUGGUGGCUAUCCUGAUGGCUCAUGCCAUAAAUUACCACAUGAACAAUAAUGGUUUGGACAAAAAACAAAGAGAAGUAGCUAUGAUUGCAGAAAUGAUCCAUUCUGCUUCUCUAAUUCACGAUGAUGUCAUUGAUCAAUCAGACUUYCGACGGGGAAAGCCAAGUGUAAACGCACUUUGGAGUCACAAAAAAGUAGCCAUGGCUGGUGAUUAUAUAUUGGCAGUAACAUCUAUGAUGAUCGCCAGGCUUAACCAUAAUGACGUCACAAUCACGCUUAGCCAAAUCAUCACUGACUUGGUUCAAGGGGAGUUCAUGCAGCUCGGCUCGAAGGAGACUGAGAACGAAAGAUUUGCUCACUAUUUAACGAAAACUUACAGAAAAACAGCCAGCCUCAUAGCCAAUUCAGUUAAAGCUGAAGCUAUGUUAGCUGGUGCCGACGAUCAAUUGGUCGAUGUAUCGUUCGAGUACGGCCGCAACAUAGGCCUGGCGUUUCAGCUGGUCGAUGACCUGUUGGACUUCGUGUCCAGCAAAGAUGCCAUGGGUAAACCGACGGCAGCCGAUCUGAAAUUGGGCUUGGCUACCGCUCCAGUACUAUUCGCCUGCGAAAAGUACCCCGAGUUGAAUGCCAUGAUAAUGCGGCGGUUCCAAGAACCAGGUGAUGCAGAACGUGCCUUUGAGCUGGUACACAAGUCACAGGGUCUCGAACAGACGCGGUUUCUUGCCAAAAAGCACUGUCUCGAGGCAACUCGUCUGGCCGGCAAGAUUGCCGAGUCACCGUAUCAAAAGUCUCUGUUGGUCGUACCCGACCUAAUAGUAAAUCGCAUGAAAUAGCCAAAUCCCCUUUGCUUCUUUAGAAUACACAGAUAAAUGUGUAUGCACAUUUUUAGAUACAAUUUUAAAAAAACGUAAUGGUGAACCAGUUAUUAUAUAAAACUAGUCCCAAUUAUUCGAAAAAAAAAAUAUAUAAUCUAUAUGCUAAUUAUUUUAUUUAUAUCGUACGAAGUUUAAAUCGCCUCAAUUCAAAGAUACACUUAUUUUUGUUAUUAUAUUAUUUUAUUUUAAUGUAUGUUUAUAAUUAGUUUUAAUUACCUACAUACAUUUGUUUUUUUUUUCAACACUAGUACUUAAAAACAACAUACCAUCAUAAUAUCAACAAUAAAGUAAUUUCUGUACCAUACUGUURUAACUGUGAUCUAUAUGUUUUUCAUCGCCGUACCAUAUUUAUUUUUUAAUAUUUUAUUUUUUUAGUUAUACUCAAGAAAUUUUUGUUUAUUAAAUAAUUUAAUGGACAAAUUAUCUUUAUAUAUGUAUAUUUAGAAUAUAUACAACUUAUUAUAGUUUUCUGUACACUAUAAUCUAAUUUUAACAGCGCACAAAUUAAUUUUUAACAAAAUAUAUUUCAAAAACUCACAUUUUGUAGCUUUUGAUUAUUAUGAUGUUAUAAUUAAGAUUAUGGUGUAUCACUUAAUUUGAUUCUAUGCACAGAAUCAAGUAUAAUUUUUAUAUUAUUAAACAUAAAUAAAAUUCAGUACAACUGACUA